AAGGAACGAGGUACAGUUGUGUGAAUACAUGAAUCCCACUCGCAAUGCUAGAAAAGAAAAAAUCAGAACGUUUUACCAUUCAUCGUUACUUUCAUAUUUCAAAGAUGCUUAGUCAGAGACAACAUUGAGGGGGCACAGGGGGCUCAAUUUUCAUAUCAAAAUAAAAAGGUAAAGCUCUAGAACCUUAUCAACGUCCAGUUUAACAAUACUUUAUAAACAUUAGUAACAAGCAAAUAAAGAAAACAAUAGAUACAUAAAUCCUUAUUAAAUGCAUUUUAAAUUUACUGCUUUGGUUGAAAUUGUUCUUAGGACUGGGCCUGCCUCUGGGCCCGAUGUGGCCCUCGGUGGCCCUGAUUAUAAACCACUUGAAACCGUUGGUGCACUUGAGAUGCAUUGCAUAUCUAUAGACAAGUAAAGCAGAAAUAAUCACAAAAUUUAUGGUGUUCAAAAUCUUUAUAUAUGUUGUGUAACAAAACGGAACGUGAAUCCAGUUUUUAAUAUAACUAACAAAUCAUAAACGAUAUUUAGAAUGUUAGAUUACAUAGACCCCAACUCACAAUUUUAAGAUAAAGAAUGGAAACUUUUUAGCAGCUAUCACCGUUAAUUUCAAAAUCUACAAAGGUAGAGGCAGCAUUCAGGGUGGGGGCUCCGGGGGCUCAACCCUAAUGUCAUUAUUCGAAAAUUCCGAAGGCCAAUCAGCUUAUCAACUUCAGCGAUUUGAAAGCUUAUAGAAAUUAAAAUUUUGAAUUAACUGUAUUGCAGCUACCCUUAUUUUAAUUUGAAACUUGAUUAAUUAUGUCAGAGUUGUCGUUAUGUCUAAUAGAACUAGUAAUCUUUGCUGGUAUAGUUGGAAGUGAAGAUUCUUCACUAAAGUCCAGCUACCCAUUGAUAGUUCUCGUUACCAAAAAAGAAUAUUUUGGAAUUUCUAGAGAAAGCUUCCACUAUUUACUUCCUUACUGUCCUGUGAUCCUUUAUUAAAGUGCCUGUGACAUGAUUUUCAUACUUUCGGGUUUGUAUAUAUAUUCUUAUGUAAAAAGGCCUGUUAUUUUCCUUUCUGAGAUUAGUUUCUACGUUUUGUGAUAAAUGAAGGAGUUAUUGGCGAUCUUCUACGCCAAAAUUCGCCAUCUUGGUUUUCAGAAUGAGUAGACAGUGACGUCACGGGUGGGACCCGAUCGCCUUCUCCUUCGAGUUUUUGUAUCGUAGUCAAUGAGGGAAAUCUAACAGGUCCAAGAUGAGCGAUAUUUCCGGAGAAAGUAGUGGCAGCGAGGAUGAGAUUUUUGAAGGUAGCGCUUACAUUGCUACAAUAACGAGUUCCUCCCAUGACGUCACAAGAGAAUGCCGAAUGAUGAUAAAGCGACUUGGCUAGGCCGCACUAUUUUGCUUAAUUUCAAUAUCAAAACGCUUUUAUUCCAAAAAAGUUCAGAUCUACUAUAAGAGCAGUGCAACGUUUCAAUCAAGCGAAUAAAAAAAAUUAUGUCACAGGCACUUUAAGCAAGGAACAAAUUUCCGUAUGUCUUCUUAUUUUUAUAUUCGCUCGACCCAGACUACAGAAAAAGUCUCGUCAAUGUAAUAAAUUCAGCGGUCUAAGCACUCAUUCCCAGAAUCAAAAGGAAAAAACGAAAAACUUCUCAGAACAGCAAGAUAUAUAUCCACGAAAUAAACAAGCGUUCUCAUAAAACAAACUGAACAUAUUUGUCUUAGUAUCUAAAUACAUAAUUGUGCAACAUAAUGGUAUGGCUCAAGGGACAAAUAAAUGAUAAGCGAAGGUCUAUUCAAAAUCUGCGAGGUUAAUAGGAUUAAAAGAUAUUAUGCUGAGAAAAUGCAAAUGUGUUUCUGAGUUGAUUAAAAAAGUGUGAACGUCGAAAAACAAGCAAAAUGAGCUUCAAAAUAUAUUUCCUGUAUAACCUUAUUUGUAGCAACCAUUAAACUAAAUUGCCGAGCAACACAAGCAUAGAACACAAGUGAGGCGCGGCGGUGCGGUUGCUGCGAAGCAUGACGUGUGUUGCGAGGCAAAGCACAAAGCAGCAUUAUACAAAAACUAACCCAAAAUGUCAAUGCUUUGGAAGCCUUCCCAUGAUCACAAUGUCACUCCGCAUUGUUUCCCUGUGUUAUUAUAUCAUUUUGGGCAAUGGGUUGGUAAAUAACAGGUAACCAAGAAUAACCCAUUAAGGUAUUACUUUGUGGAUCGUUUUGUAUCUUCAUCAACUCGCAUCACGGCACCUUGCAAAAUUCAGAACGAUAAAAGCGAAAUUCCUUAAGUAUAUAUCCACGACAUGUAUCCCGAGGGACAUUUUACUGUCAAGGAGGGCCUCCAAGAUUAUUGUUAAAAUAAAAGUUGAGCCCCUUGUGCCCCCUCAAUGUUAUCUCUACCUAAGCAUCUUUGAAAUAUGAAAGUAACGACGAAUGAUAAAACGUUCUGACUUUUCUUUUCUAACAUUGCGAGUGGGAUUCAUGUUCGUUCCUUGUUUUUAUUCAUACUUAGUGCUGAACUUUAAAUCACGUUAUAUGACAUUGUAUUUCAUAUCCUGGAUGCCACUUUAUCUGCAUAUCCUGUCUAUCAACAUCGAUAAAUGAUAUACCAUUCCAUAUUCAAUACCAUUCGAUAUUCCGGAUUCCGUAUUCCGGAUUCCAUAUUCCGGAUUCCGUAUUCCGGAUUCCGUAUUUCGUAUUCCGGAUUCCGUGUUUUAAAGGUAGCCAUUUGGUUGAACUUUUUAGUGAUCGCCCGCAAAAAGUUAUCUAAUUAUCUGAUUUGAUUGCAAAUUAUCGCUUUUGUUUUGUACAAAGCACGGGAUCGAGGAUGAAUUUUGACGGUAGUUUAAAUGAGACAGAAAUGAAAAUUCAUUGCAAGUGAGACAUAUGGCCUUUAACAAUAAAGAUUAAGGACAAAAGUGGGAAAAUACUGCGUAGUAGAAGGUUUUCUGCCAGCCAAUGAACAGCGUGACACACCGUCUUUGAGGUGACAUCUCAUUUUCCAUCGAGGUUACAAAUCGAAGGCACUACGAAGUUUCGUUUUACCUGCUUUAUCGGAAUAGUUUUAACAAAUAGAGAUGAACAGAGUUCAAGAAAAAGAAGAAAGUUCAAGUAGUAAAUUCCAUUAUCUUGUUUGUGGAUUUGCAUUUUUGAUUCAAUUUACAGGAUAUGGCUUCAGCCGUACAUUUGGGUCCAUUUAUGUAUCAAUGCAGGAGGAAUUUGAUGCAAGCAAUGCUUCGAUAGCAUUGGCGAGUUCAAUUCCGUCAUCAUUGCUAUUCAUGUUCGCAACAGUCGCAGUCAUUAUUUCUGAUCGGAUAGGCUUUCGCCUUUCAAUAUUUCUUGGAGGCAUGUCGAUAGGCGUCGCCCUAUUGAUGUCAUCGUUCACUUCAAACAUCAUCAUCAUCUACCUGACGCUUGGAGUUUUAUACGCUUUUGGUCAGAGCUUGUGUUAUCACGGGUCUUUGUUAAUUUUAUCAUUGUACUUUGAGAAGAAUUUGUCAUUCGCCCAUGGUAUAGUCUUAUCGGGGAGCAAUCUUGGUGGCCUAGCUCAGUCGCCCAUCGUUGGCUACAUCUUAAAACAUAAUGGCUUCAGUGAAGGAAUACGGCUGUGCAGCGUCAUUGCCUUGUUCAUUAUUCCAAUGUCAGUUAUUUUUAAGAGGCCUGGGGAGAGCUUCGGGUUCAACAGAUGGAGUUGUGUAGAGAAUGCAAAACGGAACGACACUGCCAUUGGAUCCAAGUACCUACCUCUGCAUAAGAACAAAGCAUAUAUGAUUUUCAUUCUUUCGACGAUGUUUUGGCAGUUUGGAAUUAACAUAGACUAUGUGCAUAUAGUACGUUUGGCUCUUGACAAAGCAGUGCCUUACACUGAAGCUACAUUCUUACCAGGCCUAACUUCGAUCGCACAGUUCAUUGGCAAAAUAGCUUUUGGCAAGCUGUCAUCCAUGAAGGCGGCUAGCAAUUUGGCUUUGUGUCAGAUUUCGACCGCUUUUAUGGGAGUAUUAAUGUUUUUGCCAUUUCUAAAAGGGUUUGCUGGCCUAGCCAUAAUCUCGUUUGUUUUUGGCUUUGCCCAAGGAAUGUAUAGUGCCUCUAAUUUAAUUAUUGUCAGGGAAAUUGUAGGAACGCAGCAAUUUAAAAGAGGAUACAAUGUCAAUCAAUUCGUUACGGGGGCUGCUAUCAUUUGCAGCCCCCCACUUGCAGGCUACUUGUAUACUGUCACUGGCAACUAUAUUCUUGCUUUUCUCAUUGCUGGAGGAUGUGCUGUUAUGGGAAUGCUUUUGAUGUUCUUAGUGCGAUAUUUUCAUUCUCAAAAUGAAGAGAAAAAUGAACUUCUCCUCAAACAGUUGAAGCUUGAAGUGAUAGCAAUCGAAGAAGAAUCUGUCAAUACUAUAUAAUUUACUUGGAUUGAAUGGUGCUGCUUUUAAAGGCUUAACAUAUGCCAUCAAUUCUUGAUGCAAUGAGAGACAGAGACUUGUGAUUUGAUUUGAUAUUUAUUUUAAGCAUUUUUACAUGACAUUGCUUUUAACAAAUGGCAAAGAGAAGAUAUUUCGUUUUGACUUUAACUGAUGGAGUUGAAUUUUGUUAAAAAUUAGUAGGCUUCUUGCUUUUUGUAAGGUAUCGUCUAUUUGAAUGUCCAUCGACAUAGACCCUGUUUACACGAGACCUGGAACAGAUCAGGAUCCACAUGUAUCCGGAUACUUGUAGAUCCGAUCCCAGUCGUUUACAUGGGGUCGGAUCAAGAUGAGAUCUUCAGCUUACGCACGUGCGCGUUUAAAAAAUUGUUGUGCAUCAGAGGUUUUUAAAACAAUUUAGAUGAAAACAAACAAUCCAAACUGAACAUGGCGAGGUAAAGUCACUCACAAUUUAACCUGAAAGAGCUGUUAAGAAAAAACGAAUUUAAAAGUAAAGAAGCUUCUUUAUACACGUCUCUUAGAUUCCUUGAUCCAUCUUUUCGAAGUAAUUUUUCAACAGUAGUAAGUCAACUUAGUGUUUUGUUUUUUGACGCAAAAACCACGAAAUAAAAACACCUCGAGUUUACAUUUAUUCUAUCUCACUCACAAAUCAGAACGUAAAUGGAUCCUAUCUAAACCAUAUCCAACCGUCUACACGUGAUCUUGUCCAGAUCGGAUCCAUACGGGAUCAUCUCCAGAGGCGAUACCUAAGGUCUUCAGACAGCGGGGCAAAAAGUAUACGGAACUGUCAGUUCUCGUGUAAAUGCAACGCCGAUCCGGAUCGGAUUCACUAUUGUGUAAACGCAACCAUAAUGUGCGGCUCCGAAAAUUUUUAGGGUUAUAAAGAGUAACAGGAAGUAUCUUGGCGAUGAAAACGCAACCAAGAAUUUCAAAAGGAAAGCCAAAUCUUUUCACGCAUUUUUUGCUAAACUUUAUCCAGCAGUAUACACUUUCGACAUAUCGUUGUCUUCAACGUAGUUACAAAGCAAUAGGUGCGUGAUAAUUGUCUAUUGCGUCUUUUAUAUAAGGAUCUGCAAGAUACUCUCUGUGUUGCUUAUUUUUGAUCUACAUGAUUUUACACGCUUAUACAUUUUUUCCCCUCUGUGAUUUUUCCAUAUCAGAAUUCUAUUGUUGAAUGAAUUGGUCUUUCGGGUUCAACUUGAUUGCUUCAAUAAAAUUCUGAUCCUAGUGAAAACAUUAUCUUGGUGAUGGUGAUGGAGUGAUUUUUUCUUGCAUUUUGCAAAUUACGAGACUAAACAAAUUUGUUUCUGUUUCAAAACAGCAUUUUGGUUGCAUGAAUGAAAAAACACUGGUGCGAUUCAUACAUUAUUAAUAUUUUGGCCUGUUCACCAAAACCAGUUCGAAUGAUCGAGAAAAAGCGCCAAUACAAGAAUUGAAAAAUGAUUCAAGAUAUCAGAGGUUCGAGAAAUCGGGGGUUCGAGUUAUCGAUGGCAUUUAUAUGUGAAAGCACUAUGCUAGGUUCUAGGGGGAAGCAAUAUCAGUUGGAGUAAGGGGAUGUUCCAGUUAUUGAUGGUUCGAAUUAUCGAUGGCAUUUGUAUAUGAAAGUAUUACGCUAGGUUCAAGGGGGAAGCAAUAUCAAAUGGAGUUAGGGAAUGUUCGAGCUAUCGGGGGUUCGAGUUAUUGAGCGUUUACUGUCUUUACAGAACUAAACUGACAUAAGCAACUUUCAAAAUAUAAUGCACGUCACUUCCGGUUUCGUAAGAACUUUGCAUGAAUUUGUUGCUGGAGAUCAACAGCAUAGGUAACCAGCAAAGUUUUUGAAAUAACUUAUGUUUAAUUUCAAUGUUUUAUAACACGAUACAUUGUUUUAUAUAACUGUUGCCUUCUACAGUAAUAAUGUUGAGACCCGUUGAUAAGGAUGGGGUAGCUGGGGUGGCCCCAGGGCAAGAACUUUGAGCCAGAUCUGGCUUUCUACAGGCCUGAUAAUAUGUGAUAACUCUUUUUCGAAACGAUAGUUCAUUCGCUUAGAUGUUUAUUGCAGCAAUGACUAGUUUCAGUUCAGAAAAAGGUGAGAACACUCAAAAAUUUGAAGGGUAACACUCCUUUUGAAAAUUUAAUGUGCUUAUCCAUUAUGGAUAGGAUAUAAAUCUGGCUGAAAUGAAUUUCACGGAAACCAUUGGGUAACCUUUGCCCAUAUUCAUAACCGCGUUCAUAAUCUGCAUUAAGACUUAAAACUCUCAAAAAUUCAUAUCCAAAAAGAAAGAUUUACAAAAUGGUGUCGCAUUAAUUUAUGCGGACGCAGUGGACUGAGGGGGGCUAGCCAACUAAAAUAAUCUUCAAAGCGUACUAGAAAUCGGAAUUACCUUGAGAGUCUUCGACCUGGUUGGCUAUAGACUCUCACUGCUUCUUGGAGGAACAUUAAUUGGCCUUUCACUCGUGGCGACAUCAUUCGCAUCCAGUAUAUUUGUAACUUAUUUCACACUUGGACUCGUGUUUGCGAUAGGACAAAGUUUGUGUUAUUUUUCUCCAUUGCUGAUUUUGCCCCUCUAUUUCAAAAAGAACUUAUCACUGGCCCACGGAAU